UUUUUGAGUUUUUGUGCCCUGAAAGUGCUGGGAUCACGAAAAAGAAAGAGAAUAUUAGUCCGACGGUGCUAUUUAUUCGGUACUUUUUUGAUCUUGCGUUCAGCAGCAGCCGUCCCUCCUUUCUUUUUGGCUUCAAUAGAGCUACUACUUGCGUUCUCUGGCUUUCUUUCUUUCUUUCAUUCUGUCAUCUACAACUUCUUCAAUCCCCAGAGAUCGGGCAAGAGUGAGCGGACGAGCAAGCAAUCUCCUUCUAUCAGAAAUCCCCCUAAAUUCUAUCACUCGACACUCAAAGCCAGGGACACAUGAUGGCGCUUAUUUCCCAGCCAAGUCCAUCCAGCUACAUUCGUUCUGAACAUAAUGUCGCCGGCAACAUGGAAGAUAGGAUUGUCUCGAGGGGUAAAGCAUAUAAAAUGAAGGAAGGCUGGACUGGUUCUUCUUCCUUGUUAUGGAGUGCCGAGAAAGUGCCACGAAUUUCGCAUUUGGAUGGUUUGAGGGGCAAACGUAGAUAUCGGACAAUUGUUGCUGCAAGCCCCCCUACAGAUGAUGCUGUAAUUGUUACAGAACCGUUGACUAAAAAGGACCUUGUAGGAUACCUUGCCUCUGGUUGUAAGGCGAAGGAGAAUUGGAGGAUAGGUACAGAACAUGAAAAGUUUGGUUUUGAGAUUGGAACUUUACAUCCUAUAAAAUAUGAACAAAUAAAGGACUUGCUCAAUGGUCUUGCUGAGAGAUUUGACUGGGAUAAAAUAAUGGAAGGAGACAACAUUAUUGGACUUAACCAGGUGAAAGCACUUCCUCUUCUAUUGUCACUGUUGCAUUUCUUUGUCAUAAGUGCUAAUAUUCAGUAUGACGUAGCUGGUUGCUUGGCAUUCUCAUCUUGGUUAGCAUCUCACUUUGUGAACUAA